AUGAAGUUUUACCAUAUUGAGUCUUCAGUCAAAAAUUCAGACUUGAGACUGGCCCUGAAUCUCAGAGUCAAACUAUUCACGUUAGCGAUUAUUGGCCCUGAUGAAACUGUUACCACGGCACAUCCUUCAAGUGAUACAUUGGAUGGUGAACAAGUGGCUGUCAAGGUUUUCGUUGACAACUCGACAUACAUAGAACGUGCUCGCAUCCGAGAAAUGAAGCUCUUAAAAACAUUGAACCAUAAGAAUGUUAUGCACCUCAUUGCGUGUGAAAAAGUCAUAGAGACGGGUCAAGAAGUGUUGAUUCUGGAGUACUGUCAGGGUGGGAGCGUUAAAUCGCUGUUGGAACAUCCGGCCAACAGUCUUGGUUUUGAGGAGGACGAAUUUCUUAACUUUCUACGAGACAUCACAGAAGGCCUGAGAUAUCUGAAAUCACUGAAAAUCAUCCAUAGAGAUAUAAAGCCGGGCAAUAUCAUGAGAAAGAUAGAAAGUGACGGAAGGUGA